UAACAUAUAUAUAUAUAUAUAAUACUUCGUACAAAUCUUGGCAACGUGUGUAUGUUUGACUAUUAAAAUAACGUUUGAUUUGACAUCAAUUUAGAUUUAAUCAUGGCAUUAACAUCAGACGAAAGAAUUACGAAUACAUUGAGCAUAAAUAAAAUACAUUUUCCAGAUAUUAUAGAUGAUAAAAUAUCAACAGAAAAAUUUUUAGAUGCUUCUCGUGGUGUUGUAGAAAUAGUAGAAAAAUUUGGUAAAUUAUUUGCACCAGUUAAACAUGACAUAGAAGGCAACGUAAAGAAAUUAAACAAUAAAUACUUCAUUGACAAAGAAAGGCACAAUACUUUGCAAGAUAUGAUUUUACUUGAGAAAGAACAAGGUGAAACUAUCAUUGCUACUGAUGCUUUGAUGUGGUUAAGAAGAUGUUUAUACAUGAUUUUAUUAUUUUUUGAGAAAAUUGUUGAGGAUCACAAUGCUGGUAGGGCGACUGAUGAUAUGGUAGCAUUUUUAAAAGAAGCAUACAAAUUAUCUUUAGAACCAUAUCAUGGUUGGAUGUUACAACAACUUUUUGGUUUACUUUCUCGUACUGUGCCUGCUCGUGAGCAACUUUUAAAAAUCAUUGCAAAUGGUGAAGAUGUGAAAGAUGAAAUCAUCAUAAGGGACAUGGAGGUAUAUUUAAAAAGUUUAAGAUUAAAUGUUGAAAAUUUACAAGCGUUUUAUGAAACCCAUGAACUCGAGGAGACUGUCAAGGUAUAAUAAAUAUUUAUGAAU